AUUUCAUUUAUCACCAGGACUUAAGUUUUAACGGCCAUGUCACUGGCCAAGCCUGUACCAGGCCUUAUAUUUUUCAUUGUGAUCAUGGCGACUCCUAUCAUAAACCAUGCCCAAUCUCCACCCUCGCAAUUGAAUAUGCAUGCCUUCGACUAUGUGAUUUUUACAGGUCUCAAUUGUUCGGUUAAUCGGCUGUUUUUGUGCAUGCCACUGAAAUAUCAAUUCGAUCUAUAGAACUCUUGUUGUUGUGGUCAUGGUUGUAGUGAGACUCAACUCAAGCACCAUCCAUGUAGUCUUUUUUUGAGGCGGGCAACUGGGCCCUUUUCAGAAGUAUAACAUUAAGAUAGUUG